UAAUAAUUAGCACAGGCAAAUAGAUAUUUACGCGGGAAAGCGAACCACAGCCUCCACUCUAAUUCUAAUUCUAAUAUUCCAAUCUUGUGGCCCAAAAUGGAAAAACUCAUUCGGCUCUCUCUGACCGUAAAAAUAUCCUAACCGCACGUUUAGUUAGUUACUCUUUCCCAAAAAGCCUUUUGCCUCCCAAGUCAACUACCACAGUAGCUUAGCUUAGCUUAGCUCCCAACGUUUUGGUUUGGUUCGGUUGAUGGCUGGCACGAGUGCCUCCUUCGUCCCGCACGUGGUCGGAUCAUCUAAAGUUCUCGAACUUUCCAGAAUUAACCGGUGGACCGGAGCCCCGUUCUCAGUUCGGAUCUCCACCAAACCCAGCAGAUCCACCACCAACUGCUCUUGCGCAAACACGGAGGCUCCCUCUUGCAUCUUCGUGGGUCCCAUCGAGUCCGCCAGUAAAGAAACCCUUGAAGCUUUCUAUCGCCAAGCACAGGAUGCGUAUUACAGUGGCAAACCUUUGAUAAUUGAUGACAUGUUUGAUAGAGUAGAGUUAAAGCUAAGGUGGUAUGGUUCCAAAUCAGUUGUCAAGUAUCCUCGGUGUAGUCUUAGGCGGCAUUCAACCUACGCAGAUGCAGAGGAAGAUACAUCACAGGUUUUUGCAUUAGCGAGCAUAUGGGUCCUGUUUCUUGCAUUUGGAAGCUCUGCAUGUCUUGUGCCUAUAAUCUACACUGUUGGCCAAGCAAAUCAACAUGCAUUCAGUUCAGGAUUUUACUAUGGCAUUCAAGCAUCCACAUUAGAGCUUCUUUCCGUGGUGAAUGGCAUUCUCUUCAUGGCAUUGGGGUCUGUGAUUGGAUACCCAAUUGCAUCAGCUUCAGUUAAAGUGCUUCAAGGCCUGUGGAGGAAUGACUUGGUAGCACUUAAAGGGGCAUGCCCAAAUUGCGGGGAGGAGGUGUUUGCAUUUGUGAAAACAAAUCAGACUAAUAACAGGCCCCAUAGAGCAGAUUGUCAUGUUUGUGAAUGCUUAUUGGAAUUCCGCACCAAGGUUGAGCGAUCGGUUUCAAGACUAGGUAGAGGAUGGGUUUACGGCCGCGUAUACCUUGUUUCACGAAGAGGCAGAAAUCGGCAUCAGAAAUGGUUUUAAGAUCUAUGCCCAGUAUAUUAGAUCUCAGAAGAUUUAUGUGAAGUAAAACUAUUCUUUACUCUUUUUCUAGGGUGAAAUGGUGGUUAAUCCUAAGUUAGGAUUAUCCUAACAAAUAUUCAUUUUGCUACAAGUCAGUAGACAGCUGGACUUCAUAUAUUGUAAUUAACAACAAAUAAGAUUCUCUUGAGAUUUAAGUUAUAGUCAAGUGCCAUACAUUCAGAAAAGCAAUAGCUAUUUUGGUUCUUCA